AUGGUUAAAUUAACUCAAAUCGACGAAACCAAAGAACCUGAAUUAAAAGAAGUCUACACUGACAGUGAAAGUGACAGUGAAAUUGAAGAUGACUUCAAUGAAGAUGAAACUUUAUACGAAAGAAUCGUCGCUUUAAAAGAUAUCAUCCCUCCAGAACAAAGAACUAACUUAAUGAAAAUUUCAUCAAAUGUAUCAUCAACUUUGAAUUGGGGUUUAAGUAAAUCUGGUAAUAUUUUAUGGACUUUAACUUCCAGUAUUUUAUUAUUAGGUGUUCCAUUAAGUUUGGCUAUUAUUUCCGAAACUCAAUUACAAGAAAUGGAAAACAAUUUAAAUUUACAAGAUGGUAAAGAAAUUUUAACUGGUGAAGAAAAGAAGUAG